GUACGACGCAGGAAAGGAUGGUUUCAUUGACCUGAUGGAGCUGAAGCUGAUGAUGGAGAAACUGGGGGCUCCACAGACACACCUGGGCCUGAAGAACAUGAUCAAGGAGGUGGAUGAAGACCUGGACAGCAAGCUCAGCUUCCGAGAGGAGGACAGUGGGCUGCACGCCCUGGCCCGGCUCUCCGAGAUCGACGUCUCCACGGAGGGGGUGAAAGGUGCCAAGAACUUCUUUGAGGCCAAGGCACAAGCCAUCAACGAAGCCAGUCGCUUCGAGGAGGAGAUCAGGGCAGAGCAGGAGGAGAAGAAGAAGCAGGCAGAGGAGCUGAAGCAGAGGAAGGCAGCCUUCAAGGAGCUGCAGUCCACCUUCACGCAGUGA